AUGCUUCUCGUUGCGCAGCCAUCUGACUUGAUGCGUCGUUGCAGACGUGGAACGGCCCUUCGCUUUGCUAUGGAUAUUGGCGCGCAUCGGAAGAAAGCCUACCAAAAGGUGCCAAUAGUUGAGGACGAGCGGUGGAAGGGAGCAUUUUGGAUUCUAGUGAUACUGGAUCGCCAAGUAAGCGCCCACCUGGGCCGCUCCUGUUGCGUCCAGGACGAAGAAAUAGACCUUAAGCUGCCUCUCGAGGUCGACGAUGAGUACUGGGAGCAGCCCGAUCCAACGCAGGGAUUCGAGCAGCCGCACGGGAAACCCUCCCGAGUCAGCUUCCUGAUUGUAAUCGAGUUCAUCGAGAUCUCCGGCGUUGCGACACGGACUAUCGUACGUCCUGGAUAG